AUGAAUUACUACAGUCGGUGUGACUGGUUCUCCACCACUGAUCAUGUUGCUUUCGACUCACAACAAUCACUGCAUCAGCUACACCAACCACAGACACAAUUCUGGGGACCGUCGAUCUCCUCUCCAGGCUAUCAUUCCACUCUUGAUAGUAUCGGUGGGAUUAACUUUGAUGCUAUCAACGAACGCGUCACUUCAUCAUUCGCCAGCGCAAACGAAAGCAAACAAGAGAUUCAGUACCUGCCAAUAGCUCAACCGCCUUGCUUAAAUAAGUCCCACAACUAUCACAACGAUGAGACUAUGAUUGGAGACGAGGUGGAGGAGGGCGAAGGCGGCGAUGACGAUGAGGGAGAUGAGGAGGAGGAACAUGAAAACGACGAAGAAGAGGAGCAGGAGGAGGUGGAAGAAGAGAUUACAGAGCUAAAAGAUGUCUCCGCAACAGGCGGUGGAGGCCUAUCACAACAACGCCGCAAAUCCACCGCUCCACAUCCACCCUUUCGAUCCACCUCAAAACGAAAACCUCGUAUUCUCUUUUCCCAGACCCAAGUCUACGAAUUGGAGAAGCGAUUUAAUCUACAGCGCUACCUCUCGGCUCCGGAUCGGGAGCAGCUGGCGCUACAAUUGAAGAUGUCUUCACAACAGGUUAAAAUUUGGUUCCAAAAUCGCCGCUACAAAUUGAAGCGCCAACUUCAAGAAAAGGGUUUAGAUCCCGCCAUGAUUCAGCCAUAUUUGACACCUCCAACGUAUAGGGAGUUUGAGACUUCUCUGCGUGGCUCCGAGGAGGCCUAUGAAAUUGACGCCUCCAGCAGUGCUACUAAAACUGUCAUUAGUACAGCCACAGAACAGCCCCAAUGGCAGCCCUAUUCAACAAUGAGUCCACGACCUUGGUAUCGCUUUUCAGAAUUCAGGACACCGUGGGUAUCAACAGGGUUUGAUGCUGGUCCUACAUGGUCCAGUUUAACAUAUGGACGACCGCCUACUCAACACCUUCAACCGGUGCGUCAUCAGAAUGGUGUAUUCUACGAAAAGGAGACUGCUUCUUCCGCCACCAGUAGUGUCUCUGCUGGUCUCGUCACCAGUGCUCUCUCCUGUCAGGAGGGCAGCUUGAGUUGUGAAGGCUGUGCGUAG